CGUUCUCUCACUCCCAUCCUUUUAUUUCAACCUACUCUAGUAUUUUUGCUGCUUCAUUUUUUAUACUUGUUAUUAUCGAUCUGCUCUUUGCGCCACCCUUUUCCACUCAAAUUUCAGCCGAAAACUAGAGCGAAACCUGUUGCAAUUAGCAUUGCAUGUCCGACUUUGAUCCAAACAGAACUUUGGCGAAUACCCCCAGCUCAAGCAGCAGGCUUGACUCCAGCUUUAGCUCCUCGACGUUGGGCCUUAUGUCUCUGAUGAACCCUCUUCUGCCUCCGGAGCAAACAUCUCGAUAUGUACAUCUUCCGACACCCCAGAGUCCAACCAACAAUACGAUGACAUUCAAUCAGUAUAUGCUACCACAUACUCCGGAGACGCCCACCAAUUCGGGUAUGAGGCUGCCUGCAAGGAAGGAAUCUGGUCCAGCAACGCCUCGUGCAAUGGGCAUGAUGACGCCUGACUCGAGUCCCUUUGUUUCGAGGCUUGCGCCGCCAUACAGUGCCUCAAAUCCCCCUCGAACGCCUGCACCUCGUCCUCCAACUAAUAUAUCCAAGUCACCUUCACCAUCGACUACCGCGUUGUCUUCGCCAUUCUCUGCCAAGCCUAUUAGGGGAAGCCCGAUGCAUGUGGAUGAUGUGUUCGCUGUUUCCAAGCCAAGUACGCUCCAAUCUCCACCCUUGUCGCCGCCUCACACUGGUGCAGGAGGGGAAAUUGAUAGGAUUAGACACGCGAUGGCGCAGGAGCAAAAGGAAGUGGAAAAGCGUCGACCGGAGUAUCUGAAACGGAGCAAAAGGCCUUUGGAUGAAGGGGAGGAGGGCCCUGUGGAAAGCUCCGCAGUAGGAAUCAUGGAGAGCCCGAACAAAGGACGCCGGCUGAAGCUAUUCCAGGAGACGAGUGAGGAGAGCUUUGAGGAGAGUCUAAUGGCUGGAGGUUAUGGGCGGUAUCGGACGGCCGACUGGGUGCGGCAGCCGCAACCGAUGCUCGUUGCGCCAGAAGUUUCGGUACUCGAGGCAGAGGAGCCGCCGCCACUAACAGAAAAGGAGCUGAAGAAACGCAAAAGACUGGAGGCGUUUCGAAGCGAGAACCAGGUCCACCAUGGUCCAUCAAGAUUGUUUCCUGUUGAAUUGGAGGGCAAAGGCCGGGUGUUACUGGAUAUUCCCAAUGAGAGUCUGGUUCCAGAGGGUGGAAAGCGGCGGAGUGGUGGGGGCACAUCUAGGAAGAAGAAAAAGGAUGGAGAGAAGGAAAGGAGUGCUGGGAUCGAGAUGGAGGAUAGCCCUAAUUGGCCCGAUGGCGAGUUCCCAUGGCGGCUGAGGACGGAGGAAAGAGCAGAGUUAGCUCGGGCGGAGGAGAAGGCACGACUCGGAUGGAUCGAACGGUUCUUGGAUCGGGAUACUGACGACGAGGGCGAUGGGGACGGGGAUGGUGAAGUGAUUCCGUCGGCCAAGUGGGGCGUCGUGUACGAUGACGAUGGCGAUAGGCCAGUACCGGCACGGCGGGGUCGGGGCAAGAUGAUCGGGCUACCCGCUGACCCGGUGGGUGAACGGCGACGAAGGCGAAGUUAUUUUCCGAGCGAUUCCGGUGAUGCGAGGGCGGCACUGCUGAGCAAACGCAGUGUCCGGGCUUUGGAAUACCGACGCGAGAAACGACUUCGUGGUGGCGACAGCGACGAUGAGGUUGUGUGCAUCUGUCGAGGAACUGAUGACGGACGGGAGCUGGUGCAAUGUGAUGACUGCAAGAUGUGGUACCACCUGGAGUGCAUAGGCAUCCGGAGUAUCAGAGAUCUCGGGCGGGAAGAGGAUCCUUGGUUCUGUAGUGAUUGUCAGCUCCCGACUGACGUUGAGCGGGAGGAUGAGGAUGAAGAUGAGAUCUACAGGGAGCCGACUUUUGCACCGACAGAUAUGGACUAUCCAUCUCGAAGGAGGGGGUAUGACGCGAUCUUUACGGCUGGCGCGAUCGAGGAUUCACCAGCAUUUUUGCCCCGGACGCCGCGGUCGUACGACCAUUACGAAGAGGCUCCGUUUGACCCUACGAGCACACCGUCACGUGGAAUCAAGUUCGGUGGGCCGUUUGGGACUCCAAAGAAUACCAUGUGGGGACGGGGAGCAGGUCCAUUCCAUACGCCAGUAAGGCUUGACGAUUCGCCCGUAAGAAGGCACGAAUGAACGUAUGUUGUAGUAGUAGUCUUAGUAGUACUAGUAGUAGUAGUACAAGUAUUGGUAGCUUAUGAUGACAUGUAUCGAUGCAAAAUGCUUACUGUCGAAGUGCGUG